CAGUAAACAUAGAGAGUGCAUUGUGUUUGUAAAGCGAGCUUUUACAGGGAUAGAUAUCCAUUAAAUGACUUCUAUAGCGAGGAAUGCCGAGAAGGUCGCGGUGGUGCAAGAAGUACUUCCGGACGGAUAUAAACACGGUAGAGCCCGACCAUAUUUCUCCACUUUUAGAUCACCAGUGUUGUUAGCCAAAACAGCCAUCAAUAAGGUCGACCAUGUGGCAUUAUAUUUCCUUGUAGUUGUGACGGUUGCCAUUAGAUUCUAUAAUUUCCCAUACCCAAAGCAAGUGGUGUUUGACGAAACUCAUUUUGGAGGGUUUACUCGUGAAUACAUGUAUGGAGAUUUUUUCGUUGAUGUUCAUCCACCGUUGUCCAAGUUGGCAUAUUAUGUGGUGGCAUUAUUCCUGUCAUGGGACGGGGUAUUUGAGUUUGCCAGAAUUGGAGACAAGUAUACUGACGAAGUCCCCUACGUGGCCAUGAGAUUAUUACCCACUCUUUUGGGAGUUUUCACCGUGUUGCUCACUUAUGGAACCUUGAGGGCCUCGGGUUGUCGUUCAUUGGUAGCUCUAUUUGGUCUGUCACUCGUUGCCAUCGAUAACUCCAUGGUGACGCAGUCCAGACUCAUCCUUUUGGAUAGUCCAUUAUUGUUCGGUAUAAGUUUAACAAUGUAUGGAUUUAAGAAAUUUCAAUUGACUGAACCAUUUACAAGAAAAUGGUACAAGUUUUUAAUCUGUACUGGUAUUGGGUUGGGGGUUUCACUUUCAGUGAAAUGUGCCGGGGCCUUCACAGUGGCAACCAUUGGGGCUUUAACCGUUUUAGACUUAUGGUAUUAUUUGGGUGAUUUAGAAGUUUCAGAUUUUACUUGGUUUAAACACGUUAUUGCAAGAAUCUUUGGGUUUAUAAUUAUUCCCUUGACGAUAUAUUUAGGAUCAUUUGCUGCUCAUUUUGCCUUAUUGCCCAAUAAUGGUACUGGUUCAGGUUCAAUGUCCCCAGAUUUCCAAGCUACGUUAUCUGAAGGAGAAAAAAUCGUGAAUAUGCCUGCUCCAGUCUCGUAUGGAAGCAAUAUCUUACUCAAACAUUACGAAUUGGGACAAUAUUUACAUCUGCAUGACGCCAAUUACCAAACUGGAUCGCAAGAACAACAAGUCACUGUGUAUGGCUUUUCACCUGAUUUUAACAAUGAAUGGACCAUUGAAUUAAAGAAUAAGAAUAUAAGAGAGGGUGAUUUACAAAACAAAAUCAGACCUAUACAGGAUGGAGAUACCAUUAGAUUAUUUCAUAGAGGAACCAAAAAGUAUUUACGGGCCAAUGACGUGAGACCACCAAUUUCAGAAAAGGAAUAUAAUAACGAAGUUUCAUGUGCUGGAGAAUGGGACAUGGACCCAGAUGUUAAUUUUGAAUGGAAGGUACGUAUUGUUGCGCAAAUUGACGACAACGAAACCCUGCGGGUUGCUCUCACACAUCUCAGAACCGCCCAAUCGGUAUUCCAACUUAUUCACCAGGGAACCCGAUGUGUACUUCUUAGUCAUAGAGAAAAACUUCCUAAAUAUGCAUUUGAACAGUUUGAAGUGACUUGUGUUAAUGAACCAACAAUCCCAAACACCUUGUGGUACAUUGAAAGUAAUUCUCAUCCAAAAAUGGACAAUAACCCCGAGGUGGAACGAGUUCACUUGAGAAAGUUGACCUUUUGGGAUAAGGUUAAAGAAUACCAUCAAGCAAUGUGGAGAGCAAACAAGGGAUUGACAUCAAGUCAUGACUACGAAUCACUUCCUGAAACAUGGCCAUUUUUGAUGCGUGGAGUUAAAUAUCUUGAUUCUAACGGAGAAGAGAUUUACUACAUGGGUAAUUUGAUGAUCAACUAUGUGGGUUUUUUUAUUGUGUCAUUAAUUCUUGCCAAGAAGGCAUUUUAUCUACUUAAAAUUUCCAAUCCAUUCAAAAUCCCACUGGAACUGUUCGACACAAUCAUUUUCCAUGGUGCCAGUUUCGAUUUCAUUCUUGGAUGGAUAUUGAAUUAUUUACCAUACUUCCACAUGGGUAGACAGUUAUUUUUGCAUCAUUACUUGGUGGCACUCUAUUUCUCGAUACUUUCCACGGCACAGUACUUGGAAUACCAAUAUGCAAAGAGAAGGUACUUGGCCAUCUUAUUGAUGGUUUCCAUUUUUGGAGGAGCGGUUUACUGCUUUGUUCCAUUGAUGCCAAUCAUAUACGGAACUCCAUGGACUUUCGACCAAUGCCAGGCUGCGCGGUUUAUCGGAUCAUGGGACUUUAAUUGUAAAUAGAAAUGCCUUCGCCCCCCUUAAAGUAAAAGAAUAAACAUUUUUAUAAACGUUUUUA